UAUACGUGAAUGUAUACAUAUAUAUAUACAUAUAUAUAUAUACACACAUACACUAUUGUCCGUGUGUAUUAUAUGAUUAUAUAUACGUUACAUUCGAGUGUAUUACUGUUGGUUAUAAUUAUUCGAACUACGCUAUAUAACUUUUAUGCUAUUUUUAAUUCGUUUCUGCUAUAAGAGUAUAGUAAGCGAUUAAUAACGCCGUUAUUACUGUAAUAUUUGUCAUUGUACAGUUGUAAUAAUCGUAAUUAUACGAUUCUUUAUUCUUUAUUCUCUGCGUUUAACACUACAAUUUGAUAUUGAAUAUAAAUUUUAGUUUCGAUUGUAUUGACCGUACUUCGAGUCUCGAAUCGUUCAAGAAAUAGUUCUAUCGAUGUUUGAAUAAUUAUGAGCGGUGUACGCAUACGUAUACUUACAGCCAUGUAAAUCUACGUUAUAUACUCGAUACGUUCGUAUAUUAUACGCAUAUGUGUACCUCGCAGAUAUAUGUGCGGACGCGUGGUGUGAGACAAGAGCCAAUUUGGUUUCUUAAAUCGAGCUGGUUUCGUUGUUACCUUGGACUUGCGCGAUUCCUCGUGCGACUAUCUUGCUUUAGACGUUUUCACGAGAUACUGUGAUUCGACAUCGGUGUUCGAGGUCCGUUUCUUUUUCCCCAAAAAUUUAACGAGAUAAUCGUCGUUCUGGAUCGUGAAUUUUAAUCAUGAAAUUUAUGCGGGCAAAGAAUGGAAUUUCUUAAAUAGAAAAAUGUGUCGACUUCGGACAAUCGUUCCUUCUUCAGUGACAUUUAGUUUGUCGUUGAAUAAAUAGAGUAAUUCCAGUUUAAUUCGAGAUUAAUUUCCUUUUUUUUUUGUUUCGUUCGAUCGUGGAAGGUUUAACGAGCUUUGCGUUGAAUUUUGAUGAGAUCAGGACGCCCGAUCGGCAUGAAAAAUUUAUAGUCUGGUGAAACUGGCGUGGGCAGGGGAUAUCACGAUGUAUUAACAUUGGCUAGAGGAAUACCAUCGCCUCGGUGUCCUCAAUAAAAUUCAGUGUCCUCCUCAAGCUACAAAUACCGAACGCAUAAAAAUUUCAUAGUGUAUCCGCAAGUGUGAACAUAAACCAGAGAAGACGAUCUCCUCGAGGACGAACCGUCUACGAACUAUCGAUAGACAGUUCUGAAGAAUCGAACGAGGAAUUGAGAGUUUGUCGAAACGCGUGAACAAAACAGCAACAGAGAAAAGGGAGAACGCGUGUAUUUAGUGAAAAAUCGUGCGAGUGGAAAGAGAGAUAGAUGAUCGGAGUGUUUUAAACUGGCAUCGAGGAGAGAUCGUUGGCCGUGGUCCGAAUGGGAAGCGAAGAAGGCGAUGGGAUGGCGAGCGUGGAUGCCGCCGCUUCCUGGCAGCAAUAUUACACCUGGUGUGGCCCGUACUCUCACCCGCAUUCCCAUUCACACCCUCACAGUCCAGCUACGGGUCAGCCACACACGCAUUCCCAUCCUCACUAUCAUCAUCCGAAUCAUCUUAAUCAGUAUCAGACGCCAGGCCAGUAUCAGCAACAAUCGUUGGCGGCAUCCACGGCGAACGCAUCCGCCCAUUAUUCCACUUCUCAGCAGUAUCAUAUGCAGUUACAACCCGCCCAGACGCCACCCUUACACCAACAGCACCAGUUCCACCCUGUUAAGGGACAAAUCGCGCCGAGGAGAGCCGCUCCUUACGACCGAACAGGUGACCCCAUGAUAACAUCCUCUCUGAAGGGAAAACAAGGCAAAGAUGGACCGGAAGAGAAGAAGGACGCCGAUGGAGAACUAUGGGGCAACGUGGAAGCGCAGGCCGCCUUCCUCGGCCCAAACCUCUGGGACAAAACUCUGCCCUAUGAUGCCGACCUGAAGGUAUUGAACCAUUACGUCGAUCUUGACGAGUUUCUCUCCGAGAACGGCAUUCCUGUGGACGGCGUGGCCGGCGGCGGACAGGGCACGAUGCAGAGCGGGCAACUGCACAAGAUCAACAACACCGAAACGCCAGGACACCAAGGACCGGCCGGUCUUCACUUAGAACCGGUGACCAAACGCGAGAGAUCACCCUCGCCGAGCGAGUGUUGCUCCCCUGACACUAUGAACCCACCCUCACCCGCGGACUCCAAUUCCGAGGACUCAUCACGAAUACAAUAUGGCUUGUCUCUUGUAGCGCUCUCGAUGGCCUCAUCGGGGCGAGACUUCGAUCCACGUACCCGGGCCUUCUCCGACGAGGAGCUCAAACCGCAGCCGAUGAUCAAGAAAUCACGGAAGCAGUUCGUUCCGGAUGACCUGAAGGAUGACAAAUACUGGGCGCGUCGUAGGAAGAAUAAUAUGGCAGCGAAACGAUCGCGAGAUGCACGUCGCAUGAAGGAGAACCAGAUCGCUCUCAGGGCCGGCUUCCUCGAGAAAGAAAACAUGGGCCUGCGGCAGGAACUGGACCGGUUAAAGAAUGAGAACAUGCUGCUGCGUGACAAGCUGAGCAAAUACACGGACGUCUAACAGUACGCCGGGCAAGCAACAGCUCGUCGUGGUAUUAAAAAAGAUACAGACACGAGCGUUUGUUGUGCCAGCUCCUCCCACACACUAUAGUCGCAGCACUUAGGUUUUUCGCCAGUUCGGAUGAAAGAAGAAUAAUAGAAAAAAAGAAAAAAAAAACGAAAAAAAAGAAGAA